AUGGAGACCAGAGCGACCUUUUGCCUUCUCCUUAGCAGCCCCAGGGCAAAGCCAGCAGCACAGAAGGCAGAGGCGGACAAAGUGGCGGGCUGCAGUCCUCCUGGGAGCAACUUGCAGCAGCAGCCCGCUCCGUUUCAGCUCCCUGUCACCAACUUGCCUCACACCGACCCGUCUUCAUCUCCCCCACCCUGCAGAGCCCUGGCCAGGGACCCGCCCUGCUGCAUCGGCGUGGCCCGUUUAGAGCAGAGCCUGGCUCUUCCUGUGGCGCAACAGGUAGGGGCUGGCUCGGGAGGGGCAGUGGCACAGCUCAGCACUUGCUUUGGCGAGGAGCCCGCUCCUGGGCCUCUCGACUGCCCCGCUGGCACUCAUCCUGGCGGCUCCCGGCGGCGUCCCGGCGGGCUGGGCGAGCGGCUGGCGUUUCAGCACCAGCGCAGCGUGGACAGCGACCCCAGCGCGGCCGGCCCUGCGUCGCUUCGCCGCAGCCUCCCCGCCUGGCGGGCGCGGGCGCACCGAGCGGCUGCCUUGGACGGGCCAGACGCGCCCGCCGCGGGGGCUGCCCUAGUCCCCCUGGUCCCCUUACAGGCUUCCCUCCACCGGGCUCAGCGGCUGCGGCUGCCCUCCUACCCGGGACUGAAGCGGCAACGCCGAGGGGCGCCGGUCGAUGCCUCCCUUCGCCUGGGGACGGCGGGGGCCCCGCGACAGGAAUGCGGCCGGGCGGGCGCUCUGGCGGACGCCCCUGCAAGACGCGCGGGGCCCCGGACUCCACCAGCUAGGCAGGCCGGACGGCGCUCCCUGCCUUUAUUGUCGGCCUGGGUGCCCGGCUGCAGUAUGCAAACAGAGGCGGCUCUGGCCCGGCUGGGGGAGGGGGAGGGGGCGCCCUGCCCUGCCCCCGCGACGCCUCCCGAGCCGGCCCAGAUGGCCCCGCGAGUGACCCUCCUCAACCCCAGCCGCCGCCCCUCCCGCCCGGGCUCUCCGCCGAACAGGCUGCCUCGGAGGCGACCAUCUGGUCCCAAUUACACAUUAACCACGGCAGCGGCCUCUUCCUCCUCCUCCCCCUCCUCCCGCUUCUCCACCCCCGACGGGUGGGAGUCGCAGCAGCAGCAGCAGCAGCAGCGCCAUCCAUGCGCCCACCUGUUGGCCGCGGACCCCAAGGGAGGGAAGGAGGGAGGGAUGGGCGGCCCCGGGCUCUGCGGCGAUCGACCUCGGGCUCAUCUGUGCUUCCCCGGGCAAGGGGGACUCCCAGCGGCCACGCCGGGGCGGAGGGCGGCGUGCGAAGGGCCCGGAGAUGCGGGUCAGGAGGGUGACAUCCCCCCUCCCAAGUGCUACCCGAGUGGCCAGGACAGGGAUGGCCCAGAAGCGGAGCUGUGGGGGAAGAGGGGGCGGCAUCCCUUCCCGGUCGGGCGCCUCUGGGAGGUUGGGCACGCGCCCCAGCGCUCUCCAAGACGCACGGCGGCCAGAGGCGCCUGUUGGCUAAAGCAGCCCCUUCCUCGACGGCCCGGGCAGCGCAAGGGAGGGGCAGGCCCGGGGGAGGCCUCCGCGGGAGGCAGGCCGCCUUGGCCAAGCGCCGAGCUCGGGAAGCCCUUCUCGGACGCACAGGGAGGCCGGAGGGCCGCCCAGCUUCCCAGCCGCCUUCCCAGGAAGCGGCGCCCGGGGCGCCUGGGUCUCAGGCGCCGAGCUGCGCUCCGCGCUCCCAGCGAGCAGCCUCGCCGAGGCACCUGGCAAAAGGGGGGACGAAAGGGGCUAGCGCUUGGGACCGCGUGGGGCGCGGGAGGAGCUCCUCCGUCCCGCCCCUACCCUCAGAGCCGGACGGGGAAGAGGAGGAGGAGGCAGCAGGCAGGGCGAGCGGGGCAGCCCUCGUGCAGCAGGAGGGUGCGAGGGCAAGAGCGAGGGGGCCACCGGAGCCGUCGCCGUUCCCUGCUCGUCUCGGCGGCCACGCUUCUAGCGGGGUCUCCCCGCGGAGGUUUCCCUCGCCUGCAAGUGGGCCCGGCGGCCGCCCCAUCCACAAGCCCUCGGACGUCGGGGGCGGGCAGGAGAGGCACCGGCAGCCUAAAGACAGAGGGCGGGGAGCUGGUUGGGGAACCGGCAGCCUUUAACCCGGGCGGGACGGAGAAGAGCAAAGAAGCGCCCAGGCCGAACUCCCCAGCCCUCCCUUCGGACUUCCACCGGCGAGGCCUGAGAGCGGGCGCCCCCCUGCUUCCGCAGCCCCCGGGCGGGAGUGGCAGCGUCGGCGGCGUGGGGUGUGGGGCUGGGUGGCGCCCGCUUUGCAGGGCUUUCAUGGCUGGCUGGCUCGGCCGGGGAGCCGGGCUGCUUCGCCCAGCAGCGCCCAGUCCGAUGGUGGAAGUCGGCCAACGGGACGGAGGCGGCGGGGAAAGGGUACGCGAGGGGACGACGGAGUCCUGGCCGCGGCCGAGUGCCGGUGGCGCGCCCUUCCCUGCAGGCUGUCUCUCCAGAGCCAGGGCGGGGGAGGCAGAGCCGCCGUCCAGCUUUCGGGCUUGCGGGGGGGGGGGCACCUGGGCCGCAGAGGGGACAGGAGGCGGGACAGACGGGCCUCGCGCCUGGUCCGACUGUCGGCGCCUUCUGCCUUCUUCGCGGCCCGGCGCGGCCCGCUGGCUCGCUCGCCUCGGGGCCGCUUCUGUUUGCAGGGCCCUUCUCCGGGCUCAGCCCGACGCCACCCAGACGCGAAUGGUGGGAGCAGGCCGGCAGGAGCGGGGCGGUCCCUCGAGGCCGUCAGGCAGCCGGAGGGCAGCCGCGCGGGAGGGGGCGCCCCGGAGGAGCUGCGGCGCCGGAGCCCCAGAGAUGCGGAUUGCUCCGGGCGGAGGCCGGGCGGGGCAGUCGCCAGAGGGGUUUCCUGGACAGAGGGGUUUCGAUGCCCAGCACGCCCCCCUGGCCCCCACCUCUAGGCGGGACCCAAGCCCGUGCGCGCGCGCCAGUGUCCUGCCUCCUGGGAGUCAAGGAGCGAGGCAGUCCAAGCCCUCUCGAGCGAAUGCUCCCGUCGGAAGACCCGGUGCAGCUGCACGCUAA